GAGGCGGGUAACGGUUAAGGGCUGGUCUCGCCAAAAGAGGGAUGAUGGGGAUGGGUGCGGGUGCACAUACAUACAUCUGAUGGGUAUGGCUACGAGUACCAAAGCUGCUUACUCUCAACGAUGCUCGCGAAGCCGAGAGAACAACGCAAAACAACGCACCGCAACCAUCCAUCCAGAACUCACGAAGACCAGGCUCCGUCGUGAGGAGACGGGUUGAGGGCCGACCAGACGACUGAGCCAUCGCCUUCCGGAUUCGCACUGGCGAGCGUGGCGGUUUUGCGGUCAGGUGAGAGCGAGUGCUUGUGUCGGGUGAGUUCUGUAGAUACAAGACCCUCUCGACCAUGAGCAAGUAGAAACUCGCACCGCGACCUCCUAUUAUCGCUGGCACCGCUCCCACCAUCACUGACGUCUCGUUGCGCCGCGCGCUCCCUUAUUGUCAUUGCCAUCGUCGCUAUAGCCAACGGCCACGGGUGUCUGACAACCGUGCUGUGAUUGCCACCCGGGCCUGGAAGGCUCCUCGACCCUUCGAAUAAUGGAAGAUUUUGCAGAGGAGAAGAAGCGAAGAGAGCCCAAUUUGCUCUUGUCUUGACGCCAGUCUGCCACGCGGAGGCGGAGCGUUCGCCGGCAAAAGCUCUCACACUAUUCGUUCUCGGUUUGGAAAACGUAGCUCGAUUGCUUUGGAUCCUUCAAAGCGACUCCAUACAACGCAGCUCAUCCAUCGCAUACAACCUCGCCACCGCUGCGAGCCACGUUCUGCCAGCCGCCAAAGAGCUGAGAGCGCAUCCUCGCCGUAGCAAGAAGCCUCUGAAGCCUCUGAAGCCCCAAGCCCAGUCCGUCCAGCGAUAAUUGCCCCCAGUGCCACAGCGGAGAUAUAAACCGGCCACCACGCCAGCCGUUUGCGCUCUACAAGUAUUUGUCGCCUGAGUCUGUGAAGAGGGGCGCUGUGGUCUGGUCCCGAGAAAUCUCCAUAGCCAGUUCCUAGUGACGCUUCAGGUACAGGACUACAGAACUCCAGUACGAGCACCAGAGUAUCACGUAGUACGACUUCCCUGCUGUCGACCCAGAACGCACCUUCCGCUUCUCCCCAAAGCCCUCAGAGCCAGAUCCGGAUCCGGGUCCAGAUUUAGAUCCAGGGCAGAACUCAGCACUGAGAACGGGAAGGCGGCUCCCGUUGCUUUGCGUUGCAUUGUGUUGCGCUACUACUCGUGCUGAGUUGAAUCAGAACACAGAACACAGGGAGACCUGGAAAAACUGAUCCGAACCCCAACCGCAAUCCACUCCCCCAAGGCGCGCGAGUCUGGAUAUGAGCAUCGCAUGAACCAUGGACUCGGCAUCUAGCGCGACAUCAUCUCACCCCGCCCCCUCGCGAGUACAAAGGGGGGCCAUCGCAACUCAGGUAAGCUUCGAUUUCCUUGCGCUCUGUCGACAGAGACCUAACCUUAGACCCAACCCUUCUUGGCGCGGAUGCUCUGCUCUCUAUCACUAAGUUGUCGUUGUCUGGCCUGGCUGGCAGUGUGCAAUGGGCACCCGCACCCAGAGAAAGCUCUGGAACUAGAACUGACGUGUGUGGAAAGGCGUGUGAGACGUGCCGACAGAGAAAACAAAAGUGUGACGAACAACGGCCCAAAUGUUCCUCCUGUGUGCGGAUGAAGCUGGAAUGUAGGUAUCGAGAGCCUCAACCGACAAAGUAAGUACCCUGCCAAUCUGAAGAAGAAGAAAAAGACCCAAAUAUACACCCCACGGAUCUCGGACCAUGAGCCUAGCUCGUCAAAAGGCCCCGCCGAGAAACAGGAAUCCUUGCGUUGUGUUGUGUUGUGCUGCGUUGUGUUUUGUUGCAAUCAUUGCGUUCAUUACCCUUCUUUGGCCAUCUAAAACCAUCAAAUGGCGACUUACUGGUAGUGCAUAGGAAAGACAAAACCCUGGUUGAGAUUCUGGAAAGGCUCAAAAGCCUAGAAAGCAAAGUUGAUCGAAUCCCCCUCCGGCCCCCGCUUCCGACGACCGGUUUCGAUCCCUUAGUCUCAUCCCCGUCAAGUGCGCCCUCUUUUAAUAUCGAGCCCGAAGAUACCAGCUCUUCAUAUUCCUCCUUGCAUCGACUUCCCCCCUUUCAGCCUAAUCCUAGUAGCACUUCUAGGAACCCGCCGUACCGACAUGCCUCAGCUGCUCAUAAAAUGCUGACAUGGCCUGCUAUUCAAAGAGUGUUGAUACAAGCUAAUCCGGAGAAUGCUGAAGACUUGAAGACAUUAGAAGCAGACGGUUCUGCAUAUGUAGUCCAGGUUCAGAAGGAAAUGCUUUCUCUGCCCCUAGACGAAAGUCUGCCCAGUCAACCAUUUGAGGGAAUGCAGACACAGGAAACAAGAGCUUUAGGCGCGACAAGAGUUACCUUCCCAGAUCUAACUCGGGACGUAAUGACAGAGCUGGCACAUUCGUACUUUGACACCUUUAACCUGCUCUACCCUUUUAUGGAUCGAGUAAUUUUCGUGACUGACAUCCUAUCACAAGUACAAUCGGAAGGCUUUGGUAGUGACACUAUAUCUGUUCUUGCGCUACUUGUAUUUGCGCUGGGGGACCUGGCAUCCAAUGCAAUUCAUGGGCCGCCAAUCGACACCUAUAGGGGGCGUGGAAGUGGUGUUAGGGGGGGAACAACCCUAAAACCGCCAGGACUUGCUCUAUUUAACGAGGCAAGAAAGCGUAUGGGCUUCAUUCUCACAAACUGCGAUCUUGAGAAUGUCCAGAUAUUUUCCCUAGCAGCGUACGUUGGCAUCAUCCCUUUUCUGUUCACAGAUGACCAAGAAGAAGGUAACUUACACAUGUUUGAUAGGCUCUACUUUGAAUCGUGUUCUCAUCAUCUGGUCUGUUUUCUUGGAUCUCAUCUGUAAUCCUCAGGCUUUGACAUGUGCUUACCUCGUAAAAAAAUAGGAUUUUUGGAGAUUGACUGUCUCUGCUUCAUUGGCUUGUCAAGUAAUGAUCACGUGGUACGUUGCCUUGUGUUCCCCUCCCUUCCAUUUGAGUCUGAAAGCACUGACAGCUACAAGCAACAAAAUUGACUGGAGUUCUCACAGAGGGGAUAUCACUAAACGUGCAUACUGGCACUGUGUCAUGAUGGAAACGUAGGUUGACUUUAAACCGCCGAUUGAACAUUGUUGACAAUGCACAUAGGUGUUUGAAUGUCGAGCUUGAUCUGCCAACCACCGGUAUAAUGUCUUUUGAAAGAGAUAUUGGCAUGCCUCUCUUUUCGGGUCCAAUCAGCGACGAAGAUGCCCAUAUCAAUCAAAAUACACAAUUUGAAAAGCACUUUGCUUCCCAGAUUGCAUUGCGACGAUUAUGUGCAGAACUUCAUCACGAUAUUAACGACUGUAAGUAUUCAAGGUUGGAUGUCUGUCCAUCUAGUACUAAAAGAAUUAGCGGUACGAAAUAUCAGCACUCGGCAAUCUCAAGAGGACAAUUACACCGGGCCUAAUGCAGCUUCUCUGAAAACGCUUGCAUUGCGGUUGACGGAGUGGAGAAGUAUGCUGCCACCUGAGCUGCAAUGGCCCGAGAACGACUUGAUGUGCUUUCCUACGCCGCAAAUCGUUUCUUUAAACCAAAUGUUAGAUCCGCGCUUAUCACCGCAACAACCUCCACGUGCUCCUCUUUUCACGGCCAACCUAGAUGACGAGCCUGCGUACUAUCCAUAUUUGUACGACAUACAUGUUGCGUUGCUGAGAACAAGGUAUUACUAUGCCAUGUAUAUGGUCUAUCGACCUUUUGUAUACAAAGCUCUUCAUUUUCCGGAAUGUAUGACGACAGAGGACCAGAAUGGAGCGGCGGAAUGUUUGAGAGUAUAAUUCGCACCUAACUCCUACAAAUCAUCAACCCCAUGCUAAUUAUGUCCACUACAGGUUUGCAUCAAAUGGCCCCUAACGCUAUCACCGACUUCGAGGAGGAAAAGGAUGGUUCCAUAUCUCUUCUACUGGUCACAAAAUUUCCUUGGGAUUCUCAUUAUGCUACAUAUGGCACGACAUAGUCCGAUGUUGAAUAGCAUCCGACAGCAGCGCUGCGGUCAGAACUUUGAACAGGAACUGGAGGUUUCGGUGGGUUUGAUGAUUGAUUGGAUCCGGGAUCUCAAAACUGUCGAUCCUAUUGCGAGGUUUUGUUGGAAGAUCCUUGAGGGGCUUUAUCCUCUUCCUUGAUGAAAAUGAAACGUGGAAAGGAAAAUAAAGGGAUAUUAAAUGGAAAACUGUAUUGACGAAUAGCUCGCGGCUGAAUGGUUUUUGGUACACGAUGGGGGAGGAAUACUCCCGCUUUUCU